GCAAUAAAUGACCUUCUUAACAAACAGCAAAAUAUAAAGAAACAAGAAGAGUUUGAGAAUAAACUUAACAAAAUUGAACAACAUCUAUUAGCCAAAUCAAGCCCAUUGCCAGAUCAGAAAGUAGAAUCUGAUGAAGCCCAAGAACAUGCCUCACACCCCAACUCCCCAAAUAAUACAACAACUUUCCAAGAAUCUAAUACCCCUGAGACAAAAAUGUCAGAUGACAAAGUUAUCUUCACACCGAACAUCCCCACCAGCAACACUUUCUCUUCCCUCACGGAUGAACAUGAAGACACUAUUCCCUGCACCAACCCAGAUACUACACCACUUGAACACAAAAACUACAACCCACAAAAGACACCCUCUGCUGAAAAGAAAAUCAUCACAACAGAAACAGUAAUCCUCUGCGAUUCAAAUGGCAAACAUCUUGAUAUGAACCUUCUAUGUCCAGGAGCAACCACAUCCUAUAUCAGAUGUCCCACAACAGCCGAAGCGAUCAAAAUUCUAGAACAGCACACAUUUACAAACCCGAAGAAUAUAAUCAUCCACUGUGGAACAAAUGACAUUGAGCAUAUCCCAAACAAAGCUGUUAGUGACAACAUUGAAGAACUGAUAAAAACCAUCCGCAAAGAAUACCCUAGUUGCAGGAUUAUUAUAUCCAGCCUCUUACCUCGCAGUGAUCAUCUCCUGUCACAAGUCCAAAUAUUAAAUCGACAACUGGAAAGAACAAUAUCUAAACAGUCAAAUGUCUUACUUGUAAGACAUAUCAACCUCUUCCAAUCCAUCAACAUCCUGAUUGAUAGAAAGCAUCUGAACAGAAAAGGUGUUAAACUUUUUGCCAGAAAUUUGAAGGGUGCCUUCUUUUCAAACAAAAGUCAAACCAAAAUUGGAAAAGGAAUUAAGACAGCAAGGCACCAACAUUUCCCAACCCAACAGAUCCCAUACCACACCAAACCACAAUACCAUAAUUCACAACACAGCAUGUUUCAUCCAAGUAUCUCACCUCUUAUGCAAUCAACACAUAUAAACCACGAUGACCUCUCUAUCCAAUCACAACGACACCCAUCAAUAAAUCCAAAUGACUGGAAUACAAAAGCCGCAAGCUCAAAACCCAUGGCCAGCAACCAUAUACCACGUCACUUCAGAGAACUAAUUCAAAUCCUUCAUGGAUUCACUCAAUAGAAACUGUAAGUAAUCAAACCAUCUCAUAAAUUCUAUAAUCUUACCAUAUUCUAAUACUCAUGGGGACUUGUGUGUAUGCAUAUAUCUAAACAUACACAUGAGUGCACAUGACUAAGCCACAAACAAAACCAAUUAAAAUAUAUAUUUUUUUAUACUUACACAUAUAGUAUAUAUUUGGCUUAUCAAAGGUCAGCCAAAUCAACCACAUAUAUAUAUAUAUCUUUCUAAUCCAAAACAUGAAUUCCAGCAGUAUCACUAUUAGCGCCUGGAAUAUAAACGGUCUAAGCCAUAGAACACUUGGCAAUAAGCUAAGCAAUUCUGAUUUCACAAAAAAUAUAAAAGAUCAUGAUUUAAUCUUUCUAGUUGAAACAUGGUCAAACAAAACUGACAGCAUUCCUGGUUUCAAGGAAAUAUCUACAUGUACGGCAACGCCUAAAACAAAUUCUAGUUGUCGUAAAUCAGGCGGUAUCACAUUGUUAAUUAAGAAUACACUUCAGCCACUGAUUUACACUGAAAAAUUAACUAAAAACUUCCUAUGGUGCCGUAUUGAUAAAUCAAUUUUGGAUUCCCCACAUGACCUGUUUAUAUGUGGUGUUUAUAUUCCUCCAGAAAAAUCACCAUACUAUGAUGAAGAAAUAUUUAAAGAUUUAGAAAAUGAUAUUGCAGAAUUCUCCACAAAAGGAAACAUCAUGUUACUAGGAGAUUUCAAUGCCCGCACAAGUAAACUAGAAGAUUUUGUGUCCAAAGAAGGAAGUACCUUUAUAGGUGACAUUACCGAAACAUCCUACACCCCGAAAAAUAGGGAGAAUUUUGAUAGCACAGUGAACAACCAUGGAAAAUGUUUAAUUGAGCUAUGUAAGACCUGUAACUUAAGGAUCUUAAAUGGCAGAACACUAGGCGAUUCAUUUGGUAAACCAACUUUCCAUGGAAAAAAUGGAACCAGUCUAGUUGAUUACAUCAUCUGUGACCAAGAUUUAAUCCAAAAUAUUAAACAUUUCACUGUAAAACCUCCAACAUAUUUAUCUGACCACAGUCAAAUCUUAACAUGGAUCAGAACAAAACAACAAAACACUCCAGAAUCCACUUAUCCCACUCCUACAAAUACAUCUACCACUACAAUUUCACAUAAGCUCCCCUUACAGUUUAUAUGGGAGAUCAACACAGCAACUACUUUCAAGGAAAACUUGAAAUCAACUUAUACUCAAAGAAAACUUGACGAAUUAAUUAAUUCAAACCCUCCUGCAACCAAAGAAGGUUUGAAUAACUUUUCUAAUCAAUUUCAAGAAAUAAUUUCAGAUGCGGCUAAGAAGUCACUUAGAAUUAAAAAGACUAAAUAUAGAAAUAAAAUCACAAAUGUAUGUAACAAAAAAUGGUUUGACAAAGAAUGUCGUCUAAAAAGGCACUUUGUCAGAAAACUAGCAAAUCAAAAACACAGAGAUCCCUUGAACUCCGAAAUUCGAAAGAAAUACCAUGAGGCUCUAAAGAUAUAUAAAGAUACCUUGAAACAUAAAAAAGAAAUUUUUCAUGAGAAAAAACUCGAGGAUUUGGAAAUAGCUGCCGAGACUGACCCAAAUUCAUUCUGGAAAAACCUGAAAAACAUGAGUGACAGCUGUGAUGAUCUCUCUUCUAGCUCAACACAAAUAACCAACCAAAAAUGGAUAUCGCACUUUGAAAAUCUACAUACAAAACACAACUUAGGCCCCAAGCAAGAAGGUAUCCUUAAAAAUUUAGAACUUCUUGAAAACAACAUUGAUGACAAUAACACUCUUGAUGACCCAAUUACAGAAGACGACAUUAUAAGUGCAGCUACAAAACUAAAGCAUAAGAAAUCUGCCUACUCUGAUAGGAUAAGGAACGAAAUGAUAAAAUUUAGUGUGAACAUUCUGCUUAAAGGCUAUCAUAAAUUGUUUAAUAUGAUUCUAGAGUGUGGAAUUUUCCCUGAGAAAUGGUGCGAAGGUCUUUUAACCCCUAUUUUUAAAUCUGGAGACAAACAAGAUCCUAACAACUACAGAGGAAUAUGUGUGACAAGUUGUAUUGGCAAAUUCUUCUGUUUAAUUCUAAAUAAACGAUUGAAUGAUUUCACACAAGAAAAUAAUUUAGUUCACCAUUCGCAAAUUGGAUUUCAAUCAGGACAUAGAACAGCCGAUCACGUUUUCACCCUAAAAACGUUAAUUGAUAAGCAUGUCACCCAAAACAAAAACAAUAAAAUUUAUGCAUGCUUUGUUGACUUCAAAAAAGCAUUUGACUCUGUCUGGCAUGAAGGCCUAUACUCUAAACUAUUAAAAUACAAAAUUGGGGGAAAUUUUUAUCGUCUAAUUAAGAGCCUUUAUUCUAACUCUAAAUGUGCAGUCAAAUUAUCCAAAUCCAGAACAACAUUCUUCCCUUAUUCCAAAGGUGUUCGCCAAGGAUGCACAUUAAGUCCACUCUUAUUCAACCUUUACAUAAACGAGCUAACAACAUUAUUUAAUAAUACUGACUCAGACCCCUUCAUACUGCCAAAUGGCUCAAAAUUGAACUGUCUUCUCUAUGCUGAUGAUUUGAUCAUCCUGUCUAGAUCAAGAUUUGGACUACAAAAAUGCCUAAAUGAACUCCAAAAUUGGUGCAGUAAAUGGCUAAUGGAGGUUAACUUAAAGAAAACAAAAGUAAUGAUUUUUCAAAAAGGAAAUAAGAAAAAGACUAAACCAAGCUUCACAUUAGACAGCAAUACCAUAGAAAUUGUACAAGAAUAUUGCUACCUAGGAAUUAAGCUUAACUCAAAUGGUAAAUUCACAUUAGCUAUGAAACAACUUGGUGAAAAGGCACUUCAUGCCCUAUACAGUAUAAGAAGACAUCUCAAUCUACACAAUUUAAACCCAAAACUAGCUAUCAAAAUAUUUGAUACCAUAAUAUCACCAAUUCUUUUAUACAACUCAGAAGUGUGGGGUGCUUAUAUCAAAAAUGACUUUAACAAUUGGGAUAACUCUCAGAUUGAAAAAACACACUUGAGAUUUUGCAAACUAUACUUGGGUGUUGGGAAGAAAACAACAAAUAUUGCUUGCAGAGGUGAACUAGGAAAGUUUCCACUGAUAAUCAAUAUUUACAAGCGACUAUUCAAAUACAUUAUUCAUCUAAAUUCACUACCUGAAGAAGCACUUGCCAAACAAGCUUUUCUUAUCUCGAAAGACUUACACUCCAAACGAAUUACCUCGUUCUAUGGAAAUAUUAUGGAUAUUUUGAAAUCCUAUAACUGCAACACACAAAUAACAGAACUGGAAUCAAUCGCAAUUCAAACACUAAGCUUUAUCCAUGACAACAUAAAGCAAAAAUAUCUUAAUUUUUGGAAACACAAACUCGAAAACUCCUCCAAACUAAAGUUUUACAACACGUUCAAAACAGAAUACCAACUAGAGAAAUAUCUUUCAACAAUAAAAAAUCCAACCGAAAGGAAAGCACUCACAAAAUUUCGAGUGAGCAACCACAAAUUAAUGAUUGAGUUAGGUCGCUAUCAAAAAAUACCAAGGGAAGAACGACUGUGUGAAAUCUGCCAGUCAGGGGAAGUGGAAGAUGAAUACCAUUUUGCAAAUUGGUGUAAAGCCUACAGCAACCAAAGAGAGAAUUUUUACACCACUCUCAGAAACAAGCUAACCAUUAUCAUAGAUCAGGCACAAUUAGUAGAUAUAAUGAAAUCUACAGAGCACGAGACUAUUUUAUCUCUGUCGAAAUAUAUUUCUUCCUGUUUUACGGAAAGAAAUAGAUACCUUGAAAUUGGGAUUGCUGUCAGUUAA